CCGUGCAAUUGAAUUCACAGAAGUGCACCAUGGUUCGCGUUGGCUUCAUCGGCGCCGGUAUCAUGGGCAAGAGCAUGUGCCAGCACAUCCUGAACGCGGGCUACCCCGUCACGACCUUUAGCCGCACGCGGAGCAAGUGCGCUCCGCUCGUCGCCCUCGGCGCCAAACUGGCCGACUCGCCCGCCGCUGUCGCCAAGCAGUCAGACGUGCUGUUUACGAUCGUGGGUUACCCGAGCGAUGUGCGUCAGGUCCUCCUCGGCGAGCACGGCGCGCUCUCGACGAUGCAGCCCGGUGGCAUCCUCGUCGACAUGACGACGAGCGAGCCGACGCUGGCCAAAGAGAUUUACGCUGCGGCCAAGGCCAAGGGCGUCGCGUCCAUCGAUGCGCCCGUAUCGGGCGGUGACGUGGGUGCGCGCGAGGCCAAGCUCUCCAUCAUGGCGGGCGGCGACGCAGCUGCGAUGGAGAAGGUGCUUCCGAUCUUCCAGGUCAUGGGGCAGAACAUCCGCCACAUGGGCGGUGCGGGUGCUGGCCAGCACACCAAGAUGGUCAACCAGAUUCUCAUCGCGACCAACAUGAUUGGGAUGGUCGAAGGCCUCCUGUAUGCGCACAAGGCGGGCUUGGACUUGAACGAAGCGAUCGCGGCCGUUGGCGCCGGUGCUGCGGGCUCGUGGUCUAUCAACAACCUUGGGCCUCGUAUCGCCCGUCGUGACUUCAACCCGGGGUUCAUGGUCGAGCACUUUCUCAAGGACCUCGGUAUCGCACUCAAGGAGUCCCAGGCGUACGUGAUCUUGGUUUGAGAUUGCAGAAUGCAUUUGUGAGUAGGAUGGGUUUGGCUCUGCCGGGUCUCGCGCUCGCCAACCAGUUGUAUCUCGCUGUACAGGCGCAAGAGAACGGCGGAAAGCUUGGGACACAAGCACUCAUGCUCGCUUUAGAGCGGCUCAACAACGUACAGCCGUGAUGCAGCGCUGGAAAAUGAGGGAAUUAGGUUGAAAUGAAUACCACCCUUUGGUUGAGACAAUAUAUGUUGUCUACGCAUUGUUGUUCAA